GCCUAUUUUCACCCGUUCGUUUCGUUUACAGGCUGGGCCAGUUUAUUCCCAUAGAGUUUAGAGCUCCAUUCGUCUAAUAUUUCCUUUUCUUAAUCAUCCUGCUCAGUAUUGAGCUUUUCCAUUCAAUAUCUUCCGGUCUUCCUCAUCUGCGUAGUCAUGCAUUUCUCUACAGGCUAUUUUCCAACACUUUUGGCCCUGGCAGCCGUAGCAGUUGCUACCGAUGCUCCACCAGCCGAAGUUAUUCAUGAGACGGUCUAUGAGACUGUACACGUGACAUUGGCACCAGAGACAAUAAAAGAGACGAUACAUCUACCGCCGGAGACUAUAAAGGAGACAAUACACUUAACCUUGCCGCCAGAAACGCUGAAGGAGACGGUUCAUGUUACUCUGCCACCCCAAACUGUAAAAGAGACAGUACACGUUACGCUACCCCCUCAGACAGUGAAGGAGACAGUCAAGGAAACAUUACAUGUAACACUCCCUCCAGAGACCGUACAUGUUCCGGUGACGGAAGUUGUUCAUAUCACGAAGACCGAGGUUCAAAAAGAGUCUAUUACACUACCUCCGCAGACGGUCCACGUCACUAUUCCGGUCACUAAAGUAGAAGAGAAACUCGUCACGGAGACCGAAGAGCGGACUGCAAUUCAGACAAAACUCGAAACGAAGGUCGAGACUCUCAAGGAAACCCUACCUCCCCAGACUAUCAAGGAAACCGUUCAUAUCAGCGUACCCGUCACCCAAGUUGUGAAGGAGACAGUACAUGUCAGCAUCCCAGUUACCCAGAUACAGACCGUGAAGGAAACCGUUCAAGUCAGUAUUCCGGUAACACAGCUGCAGACUGUGACGGAGACUGUUAAGGAGACCGUCCACAUAUCCCUACCACCGCAAACCGUGAAGGAAACAGUCCACGUUACCCAGGCCGUGGUCGAGACAGUGCGCGAGACGGUCCACGUUACUUUACCACCGCACGUUGUGACGGAGCUCGUCCAUGUCACCGUUACGAAGGCAUUGGAGAUAUGCCACCAGACAGAAGUGCUAAUCCCCCUAGCCCACGCAACGCCUCCCCCUUUGGUCCAUGAGACGAUCGUGGUACCUCCCGUGGUCCACGAGACGUCAAUAGCCCUCGGACAUCUAAAUAUCACGUCUGUUGCUCCCCCGCCGGUUGCGCACGAGACAGUGGUAGCUUCGCCAUUGACCAACGGCACAGCUGCAGCCCCCGCCGCGAUCCCGCCGCCGGCAUCGUCCCUCGCGUUGGGAUAUAUGGCUCCCCAUAAUGCUAGGCGAUGGCGCGCGUAGAUUCCUUGGUUUGUGGGUUUUCUUACGUAGGUAAUCAUGGGAAGAGCGAAGAUAACGAUAGAUUCCGGGGUUAGAUUUUGAUACACGGGAUGCUUAUGAGGUUGGAUGGAUUUGACGUAUUUUCCUAAUUGCUCGGCUUAUUGCUUUCUACUGGUCAUAAUUUCCGACGUCUGCUUCAACAUGUCUCGCAUGGAUGAGAAAGCGUACCUAAUUGGAUGUUCUGUUUGCUCGGCUUUGGUUCCAACGCGUUGCUCGUUUAGACUAGUAGAUGGAACGGAUGUGAUUAUGCCUAAUUUUCAGGCUUUUCUUCAACUUGAGUUGUAUUGUCAGGAUAUUCUGAAAGAGUGCUAGCCGCCAGUGUCAGCAAUAGUAGAUAUAAUACAAGCAGUGUGAUUCUCCUGUUCCCCUAUUCAAA